AUGGAUCACGAUGAAUAUGUCAUCGUGAGUCGAACUCAGACCCUCUCACGAAUCCAGUGGCUGUUCUACGGUCUGGGCAACAUUGGCCCAUUUCUGGCCAUCGGGACCACAUGGGCGGAGAAGAGAAUCGGGUUCUGGCUUUCCUUUACAGUACCUUGUGCUAUAACGUUCUUUCUCCCAUUGAUACUCCUUGUGAUCUAUCGUAGAGCAAUAAAGGUCAGACCGGACGGUAAACAGCUAUCCCAAGCGUUCAGGAUUCUCUGGAUCGUGCUGAAACGUGAGAAAUGGCGAUUGUUUACCUAUUCCGAUGCUUGGGAUGCUGCUAAGCCUUCAGUACUUCCUGCGAGAGACCGGAUUAUUCUCCAAGAGAAGUCCCUGACGUGGGAUGAUGGUUACGUGGAGAAGGUCAAGGAGAAUUGGGCGGCAUGCAAAAUGUUCUUCUUUUUCAUCAUCUACUGCCUUGCAGGUGGAGGCAUUGGAGUGAUAACAUCAAGUCAAGCUUCAAGCCUUUCCACAGAUGGAGUACCCAAUGAUCUCUUGUGGAACUUGAAUCCCAUUACCACGGUGGUCUUCAUGCCCAUUCUGGUAUACGGGCUAUUCCCCUUUCUUCGGAGUCAUGGUAUUAGAUUUGGACGUGUCGCUCGAAUGACAGUCGGAUUUCUCCUUGUCUCGGUGUCUUCGCUUUACGGUGCUCUUCUGCAGUGGAAGAUUUACCGCACCUCUCCUUGUGGUUAUCAUGCUACUGGCUGCGAGACUGGAACGGGAGUGUCACAUAUAUCUGUGUGGGUGCAAUCUCCAAUCUUUAUCAUCAACGCACUUUCCCAACUGUUCGCCUGGACUGCAGCCUACGAAAUCGCAUACAUCCAGAGCCCGGAGCACAUGAAAUCUAUAACACUUGCCGCACUCAUGUUUGUUGGAAUAUUCAACAACGCAGUAAGCGCUGCUUGUGCUCCUGCCAUCUCUGAUCCCUAUCUGAUCUGGGUCUGGGCCGUUCCUGGAGUGGCAAAUCUUAUUCAAACUGCGUAUUUCUACUGGUAUUACCGCCAUUUCGAUGCACAGCAUUCGGAUCUGAAUACUUGA